AUGGUCUACGCAUUUACCCUCCCAACCACGUCUCCGCUCUCAUUCCAGACAUUCAUCUCCUCCUCAACCCAUCCUUCGCUCCCUCAAUCCGCUUCGACUGCUCGCCAUGCCCUCCGCCUCGCCCUCAAGGCCCACAAACGGCUACCCCGCGGCCCACGACAGGACGCCCACCUACCCACCGUCCUCUCCGCCUUGAACGAAUACAUACCAUACCUGUUCGCGAUAUCACAUGGCAUUAGCGGCCGAUCUAUCCAGAAUGAAUUUUUAGCUUCAGGCGGAAUCGAAAUUAUCUCCCGCGCCGAAAUUGAAUCGGCGUGGAAACCCACUCUAUCUGCCAGCAGUGGCCUCAAUCUAGGAGCUCCAGCUACCAUCCCGGGAGCGACAGCCAUUCGUCCACGCGGUGGGCGCGUCAUUGGCCAAGGCAUCGAUUUUGAAAUCGCUUUUACACUCACAACGCUGGGAUACGUCUUAACCCGGCUUGCGCGCGUGGGAGUCAUUGAAACUCUAUACGCCCCAACGACACAGUCCACAGAGCAGCGCACGGCUGCUGUACAAAACGCUACUCGAAACCUAUUACAAGCCAGCUCAGUGCAUGGGCUGCUCGCAUCGUCGCCGGCAUUUUCGGCCGCGACAACAGCCACCGUGCCGGAUAUUGACGCUAGUACACAGUCCGCGCUAUCUUCACUCGCUCUAUCUGAGGCUACGUUGCUAGCUGUGCUAAAGGAUGACGCAUAUGUCACAGCGUGCAUUCAAUCCCGCAAUCCGAAUGAUCGGGAAUGGAUGGUUCGCGCUCCGGAAAUCCCUAAAGUGCGCGCGCUGCUUUUUGCACGACUAUGCGUUCGCGCGGCCGAGUACGCUGAACAGGCUGCUGCGGGGCUAAGUGCUGUCGGGUCUGGAGCUGGUCGGACAGGCCGGGUGGAUGAGGAGGUUUCCCGCUAUGCUGGUGUUUUGGGCCGUGUAGCCCGUGCUCGUGCUUGCCGGUUCUUUGGUAUCGAUGCCGAGUUGACUGGGAAGACGGGCGAGGGCAUUGCGUGGCUGCGGGCUGCACGGACGCCUCUCGGUAUACGAGGAGGCGCCGGAUCGUCUUCUGCAGGCCAGGAUGAGGUUAGUGGGGGACCAGCUAAGGGCGGAUUCUCACGAUUGAAACGGGAAUGGGCGGAGCGGAGGGAAGAGAAGAAGAUUGGCAAGGACGCCGGUGGGGGGCGCGGGGACAAGGGCGCAUUGGAUGCGGGCGACGAUGCAGGUCGUGAUGAGGAGGGCCGAGUGAUUGCUAUGUUGGAGUCGAAAUGGGUGAAGAUGAAUGAUACUAUCAACACGCAGCCCAUUCCAGCAUCUGCACCGCUGUUAUCUAAACUCCCGUCUGGUCGAGAUAUUCACACGCCGCCUGCGCCAUACAUGCCUGCCUCCUUGGAUGAGGACCAAAUCCUUCGCAUGAGAGCGAUACCAGAUGAGAGCGUGAACGCGCGGUUUGGAAGCGACCCGGAUGAUAGCGAGGAGGAACCUGUCUCACUCGGCGGCCCAGCAACCCCAGGCGGAUUCCCUGACCGGAGCCAGACAGCUUCAAGUGUGUACUAUUGA